AUGGAGCGGGACUCAGGACAGCAGACGGUUGGAGGCCGGAGGGAAAGUUAUGACACAGGGCAGGAGGAGGGUGGAGCCUUAGAGGGAGAGGGCAUGGAUGCCGAGGAAUAUAAAGAGCCAGGCAGGUCCUGGGCAGAGAUCCUUCUGCUGUGCCGCUCUGGACCUGCCCAGCACCAUGGGUGUACCUCCCAGUCCAUCGCCAGGGUCCCCGUGUACCUGGUGCUUUAUGUCCAUCACUGUGCGUGGCCAGAUGUGCACCAUUCGGCCUGGCCCACGGCUCUGCGCUGCGCGUGCGCACUCGCCCUGGUGUGUAUCGUGGUGCUUUGGGGACCGGACGAGGCCGUGGGGGAGGAGCUGCAAGGACAACAGCGUCUGAUGCCCCGGGUCGCCCGUUGGCUGUCCAACUUAGGUCAAUUCAACAAGUACAUGGAGAAGCUCUUCAACAGCAGCAUGAAGUCUAAGAAAACCAAGAACUCCAAUGACGCGAACAACCCCAAGAAUAGUACGAAACCCCUGUCAGCGAACGCGACGAAACCCCUGCCAGCGAACGAGACGAAACUCCCCGGACGGAAAACCACGAACCCCCCACCGCGGAACGCCGCGAAACCCCAACCAUCAGCCUCCUCCCAGGGCCCCAGGUAGGAGAGCCUGGGCCCGGCUGGCCCCAGUCGGGGUCCGCGGAACUGGGGGCAGG